ACCAUUGCUUAAUCUCUCUCCUGUCGAAGUAUGUCUCCUUAAUGAGACUCUCUAAAUCCUGCGGUGGCAGCUUCGAUGAUUUGUUACCCAUCCCUUUUCUAUUGUGGAAGUUCAAAGUAGAAAGUCUAAAGUGCAUCGUGACAAGGUAAAAGGAAGAAACUUUGGAUUAUUCUAUGCAUUUAAUUAAACGUUUGUCUAGUCUAGGCUAAUUGACGUAAGGUUCGCAUUCGAGCUCGUUCAUUUAGAUAGCGACUCGGCACACAAAAAUGAUAAACAUAGAUAUAAAACAUAUAAAACUACCGAAACACUCAUCCCCUCGUGUAAAUCACUUGCACAAUCAAAUCAAAUACAUCCGCGAUAAGCACGUUGAUUAUCACAUCAUUGUAAGACUCAGUUAGGAGAGAGUUAUAUGAGUGUGGGUGUAUAUACAAAAGAUGCUAGAUGCAAAAUCGUUAUCGUUCUACUUUAUUCGUUAUCCAGUUGCUGUCGGCAGAUCAGCAGAUAGGCAAUGAGGAGACUAGUAUGCCAACUCGUGCUUGUGUACCCUCCCGGCUGCUUUGCACACCGGGCAUUUAGAGUCGACGCGGCCGUCGUCGUGCGUAUGCUCGAGGUUGUAGUAUCGGCAGCCGCUGUUCGCGAGGUGAUAGCAGUGGGAGUGCAGGAAGUGGGCACAGGCGGGCUUUUCUGAACCGCCGAUGGAGAGCAUGUUGGCGGUUGUGAGGGCGUCGGACUCGUCUGUCGGACCGAGCUUGCAGUCUUUCAUGUCGCACCUGAAGCCGCUUUCCCUUUCGCGCUUGACUAGGAUAUCCUCGAGCGAACGGCUGGCCUUUGGUAUCUCGAACUUCUUCGGCGGCGGCGCCGGACGGGGCAUUUCCUCCUCUGCGCUUCUCGUGUCUGGAUGUGUGUUGGCGGUGGCGUUGUUGGCAUUCUCGUCUGCGCGCACGCCACGCAGAGCGCGCUCCGAGCGCUCGCCGCGCGGGUCAGUCGCCGACCGCGUGCGUGCAUACGGGUGGUGUCUAUUCUGCCUCGCCGAAAACGCGCUCUCAGCUCUCCCGCCGUUGUUCGACUGCUCGGCCUCUUGCUGCUGGGUUCUGCCCGCGCGCUCUCUGUUGCCGCGAACGAGACGCUCGAUGAUGCUGACGAAGGGGUUGCCGUCGCCCUCGCUCCUGUUCUCCUCCGGAGGGGGCGUGGACAUCGUCAUCGACUCGGGAUCGAGGUCGAAUCUGCACAUUGGACAGAGUGUGUGCAGCGCAAACCACGGCCUGAGGCAGUUGGAGUGGAAGACGUGCGAGCACGGCAGAGCGACGAUCUCUUCCUCGCGCCGGGCUUCCUCUUCUGGGGGCACGGCCGAGGUGCUAGCUUCGCCUUCUUCGGUUUCUGGCUUCUGGAGCUCCGCUCUCGCGUUGAGGCUGUCAAGACAGACACCGCAGGUGGUCUCUAUGCCGACCCUGCUCAUGCGUCUGGUGACGCCCUUGUGUAGUUUUGGGAGAGCACUCAGGAUCCGCUCGGCGCGGGCUGGGUCGGGCUUCUUCUCGUGAUGCAGCCCACCGGCUAUUGGGAAGUUGAUAGUGAUAGUGAAUGGCGGCGGAAAGGCCCCCUGUUCGCCAUAGGGAUUUCUGCUUCUGAGCUCUUCUAUCCUCUCUAGGAGGCUGCUGCGCUCGCCCAUUUCACCGUUACCGUUGGCUGGAUUGUUUGUGGGUGUUGGCGGAUGUGCGUGGGCAUGUCCCUCACUGUGGUGGUGCUGGUGCAUAGGGUAGAACUCUGGGAGGAGCGGACCACGCUCUAUCUGUAUAUGGCCACCCAUCCCAGCGAAAUCGCCGGUGUUGUUGUCGCCAUUCCCAGCGCCGUUGCGUGCCCGUAAUGCAGCCAUGAACGACGAUAAGAGGAUCUGGAAGGGGAGGACUGGACGGGCGGGACGUUCUAGAGAGCGGCUGUGAGAGAGUGUCAAGAAGUGGAUAUGGAACCUACCAGGGCCUUCAGGUGGCUGCUCAGCGCCGCUAUCCCGAUCCGUGCCAGCGUUUGCUGAUUGGUUGCCAUCUACGAAAUCGUCGAGCUGGACGAUGAACGUCCUGUUGAAUCCCGCGAAGUGCUCGUUCUGCUCGUUCUGCUCAUUCUGCUCGUUCUGCGGCGUCUGCGCCCUCUCGUCGUUCGCUUCUCGACGCUCUCUGUCGGCCAUUUGUGGUCGUUUGAUCUAAAGAUAUAAAUUAUGGAAAUGUAAGUUCAAAAGGAAUAAUUUAUUCAUUACAAAUAGCGUGCAAAGAUCACAGCUCUAUUUCUUUAUUGCUUUCGGCAUUUUCCUGUUGCUGCUAUUCAGGUCCUCGAGGUCCUGGGACGUGAAGUAGUGCGGGGCAACUUCGAUCAGCCAGUUCGACUGUAUCGGCAUUAUCUGCCGCAUGUACUCCUUCGAGGUCAGCACCAGCUCGUAGAAGAGGAUGUGUCGAGGCGGUGGCUGCAUAUUGAAUGCUGAACUCGUGGGGUGGAUAUGCACCGUCUGGUUAGCUGUCACACCGUCAGCGCUGUUAUGAAAGCGUUUCAGCACCUACUUUUCAAGGUCCUGUAGGAGCCGCCGCCUUUGUCUAGUCGAGCGGUGUUGUAGAAGUAGCCACUCAAGAUCGCCUUCUGCACGGGUAUUAUCUCGCCAGCCUUGAGGGUGCUCUCGACAAAGAGCUCGACCCGUUCGCACAACCCAGCCAGCUGGUCUCUGAUGUCCCGCACGCGGCAGAGCACCUUAUACUGGACGUAGUUCUCGUAACACCAUUGCUGGCUGAAACCAGUAUCUGCCCACUGCUCCCAGACGUUGAGUAGCGUAAAGUGGUCUCCGCCGGGCUUGAUGAAGUUCUGCCUUGCUUUAUCGGCAUGCAUCUUCUUGUCCUUUGGACGGAAGAAGAGAGAAGCAGACUCGGAGAGCAUACCGAUAAUACUGAGCACCUACGGGCCGUUAGUGAUAAUAAGUGCUGUCUAUCAACGCACCUCUUCGGUACAUCCAUAGCCUUCGCUCGCUAAGAUGGCCUUACUAAGCAUAGGGUCGACCGGGAACUCAGCCAUCCUCCUGCCCAUCUUCGUGAGCUCGCCCUUGCUAUUAAGAGCUCCAAGUGCGUAGAGCAUUUCGAGUGCCUUGAUGAUAGUCUCACCCGGUGGCGGAUCCAUGAAAUCAAAACCGAUGAGGUCAUUAAUACCCAAACUCUUGAGCAUAAGCACAACCAUGCCUAGGUUAGUACGCUGUAUUUCGGGCACUGUGCUCUCAUCUAACUCAUUGUUAUGUGCCCAUUUGGUAUACAAUCUGAAGCACUUUCCAGGUCCCACUCUACCGGCUCUACCAGCUCUCUGCUUUGCUGCAGCUCGCGAGCAGGGCGUUACUAUCAGACUGCUCAUACCUGUACGUGGAUUAAAGGCAUUCUGCUUGACGAAACCAGGAUCGAUUACGAAGACGACACCAUCAAUCGUGAUCGAGGUUUCAGCGAUGUUUGUUGCUAAAACUACCUUCCUUGCUCCCUCAGGUGUGGGCUCAAAUAUCUUGGCUUGCAUUUCCGACGGCAGGUUGGCAUAGAUGGGACAGACGAGCAGCUCCGCUAUCCGGUCACCCAAUACUCUGGCCGUUUCUUGGAUGUUUUCGGCAGCAGCUUCUAUCUCAUCCUGUCCUGUCAAGAAGACGAGGAUGUCGCCGCGUGGUUGUGUAGUAUGGAUCUGGAAAACUGUAGUAACGGCUGCAUGUAGGUAGUUGGCUUCUGGUUGAGGGGUGUAGUGAAUAUCAAUUGGGUAGCGACGACCAGGAACUGGAAGAUGUCAGCCAGUUCCUACAAUGAAGAACCACUUACCAUAAAAUACCGGCGCAUCAUCGAAGUAUUCACUAAACUUCUCGGCGUCCAUAGUCGCAGACGAAAUGAGUAAUCUCAGAUCGGGUCUGAAUCUGGCGAUGUCCUUCACCAAACCGAACAAGAUGUCAGUCGAAAGCGUACGUUCGUGGGCCUCGUCGAUGAUAAGGGCAGAAUAACUCGCCAGGUCCGGCUCCGUGAGGAACUCUCUGAGAAGCAUACCAUCGGUGAGAUACUUGACAACCGUCUUGUCCGAAGUCAUAUCCUCGAAUCUAAUAGAAUACCCAACUUCAUAGCCCACUUUCGUGCCCAUUUCCUCAGCGACUCUCGCAGCGACCGACAUAGCAGCCACACGUCUCGGUUGAGUACAGCCAAUCUUCAUUCCAUUUUUGGUAUAUCCCGCUUCAUGGAGGUAUUGUGUCAACUGUGUUGUCUUUCCAGAUCCUGUUUCAGCGCAGACAAUGAGAACGGGAUGCUCUUCGACAGCUUUGAGGAUGUCGUCGCGGUAGUCGUAAAUUGGGAGCGACUUCCUCACCUGAUCUAUACUCUGUGCCCUCCUCUCAGCAUCCUUAAUCUGUGCUUCCAUCUGUGCUUGCUCAGUUGUCUGGCGCUUGGUACCCGAAAGUUGGGUAUCGACGACAAACUGGAUAGUCUGUGACUCGUCAAAGACAUAGUCAUAAUCGUCUACGGCUUCCUCCCUAUCGAGUGCGCCGGUCUUGAGCUGGGCCUUAUCGGUUUGUUCUUUCUCCCACUGGUCGACGUCGGUGACGAACUCGGAAGGAUCUUGACCCUUCUUGCCCUCUUCGUAGCGAGCGUAGAGGACGUUGUUUUUCUUCUUCGAGUCUAUCUUCCCUUGUUCGGUGAUAUAAUCCUCUGGAAGCAUAUACCCAUCAACCUUGUCGUCGAUUUUGAGUCGCUCCUCGGCCAACGCGAGGGCGGCUUUCUUACGAUUGAGUUCGUCAAUCUCCUUUUUGGACAUCCUUACACCGGCGAACAUUGCCUCCUCAUCCGCGAUACUCUUCUUGAGCAACUCGAGCUGUUGCAUUUCACGCUUUGUGAGAUAUUCCUGGCGAGAACGCAUACGCAAAUCUGGCACAGCAUUUUUGCGUGCCUCCUUAUCGUCUGCGAGCUUCCUCCUCAUUGCUGUUUCCGAAUCGUUUGUACGGUCCUCGACCAACUUCUUUGUGCGGUCUUUGUCUUUGGCUCUCAUACGCUCGGCGAAUUCGUCACGCUCUCUUGCAUCCUCUUCGGCCAGUCUCCUCUCUUUCUCCUCCUCGUCUUCAAUUUCUUCAUCGUUAGUACGGGCGCCAGGAGGUGCGCUAUCUGGGGACAUUUCACGCGCUCUCUUCCUCGACUUCUCCUCCUCAUCGCUCUUCCAGGCAUCGUCAUCGUCUCUCUUCCUAUAGGAACGCUUCUCCUUGGUCUUCCUGUCCUUCUUCUUCAUAGGGAGAGUGGGGAGAGUCGACGUGCUCGCUUCAUUGUCAUCGAGCAGUAGACCGUAUUUUUGUGACUUGAUAUCGAUAGUAUCCUUCUCCUUCUUCUUUCUGGCCUCCCUGUUAUCAGCCUUCGAGAAAUCAUGCUUGGUCUUAGAUCUACGGGGUACAGCGUUGUAGAGAUCGCUCGCGAAGGAGGAGACGUCUCCAUUCUGAGGGAAACCGAGCGCUGUGAGCUUCGUGAAGAGCGAGUCUGACGACUUGGCUGACGUCGCAAGAUCUUUUGCGUAAUCUAUCAUUUUUGAAUCGGCGACACCGAGAUGCUGUAGAAGAUUAGAUAACAACGCUAUUGUUAGCUCUAUACACACCCUUAUAAAGGCAUCACUGAUAAAUUGAUCUCCCAUAUCAAGAGUUGGCAGUCAACAACCAAGAGGCUAGCAUAUAGCAUAUACAAUUAUUCAUUAAACCAAUUGUCCAUAUUACAAAGCGCUACAUAAAUUAUUAUUCACUAGUGUGUCUCUUGUAUUUAGUGUGAGCCGUCAGAGGCGUUGACGAGCUCUGGCUGUCUAGCCACAGAAUUCUCUUGUAUGCCAGUCAGGCCCUGGUUCGAAGACUCUGUCGUGUUGGGAUCAGAGUUGUUCAGUUUAUUGCUGUUUGAACCACUAUCGAACUCUGGAGAGCGUAGUGCUUGUCUGAAUGCAUCAGCCAUCGCAGCUGCCUCAUUUGAAGUAAUCGGUCCGUCUCCGUUGUCGUUCUCCGCUGAGGACCUCUCGCUCGAUGCUGAACGAGCACCUAGAGCUGCUGCACCCACUGCUGCACCCGCUGCACCUCCAGCAGCGCCUCCACCUGCUGCCAAUAAACCGUCAUUUGGUUGAUUCUCCUUCAUCAACGGCUCAGACUGCGUCGGUGUGUUCGCUCCACCAGCAGCUCCACCCGCUUCUGCCGCUGCGGCCGCUCCGUGAGUGCGCCUCAAAUGUCUCGCAAGCAAAUACAUCGCGCCGGCAAUACCCAAUAAAGCGAGAACACCGAGGACUACUAUUACAGCUAUACCCCAGGCGGGGAAUCUAUCGUCGUCGCCAUUAUCUUGCAAUACACCAGUCGGUGUGGACCUUACUGAUGAAGUCACCCUAUCGCCAUUCGAGUCUGUCGUCGUUAUCGCGCUCAUAGUUGCUGCCGUAGAUAAGACCGACCGUGUGGAUUGGGAGGAACGGGUCAUUGAAGAAUAUAACUCGCUAUUUGAUUGUGAAAUUGAUGAUAAACUUGCCAUUGAAGCCGAGGAUACGCUAGAUACUGAAGACACUACAGACUGGGUCGCGCUUGCGCUCGCCAGAGAGGCCGUACUAAGACUAGAUAUGCUACUCUGACUUGAUGCAGAUGACAUACUAGAACUGGAACUUGAAGCGACAAGAUUUUGAAGUGGUGCUGUCUGCACAGCAGUGAAAGUAGCUUGAUGUUCCUCACCGCCACUGAGUGACUGUCCGGCGGGCACAAGGACGGCAUAGUACGUCCAAUCACGCGUCGUGUCUGCCCACUGAGAAGAGUUCUCUGGAUCGUAGGGACCCCAACCAUCGUCGAUAGGAGACCACCAGUCGUCGCCAGGGUUGAUGGGCUGUGAGCCACGCUGGUUAGGAACGUCCUUCCAGCUUUGUACGACUUGUUCUGUAUCCGCUGAGAAAAGAUAAAUGUCAAGAUCACCAGAUUCCGUACUAUGAUGUGUGAGAAAUGAAGGAUAAUAAAACAAAAACCCACAAUUGUGGUAAAUUAGGAUUCCAUAUUAGUUUUGAAUAGUCGCCUGAUCUUAUAGAGGUGUCUGCAUCUGGAUAGCAGGUAACAACGGAAUUUGAAACAUUAUCACACUCAGGAUAGCCUUCGUUAUCUGGAGCAGUACCCGCACCGUAACGCUUCCCUAAGCGUCCAAAAUAUCCGUCCCCAUAUGCUGGCUUAUUUACGCGUCUGUAGUCAUUUCUGGAUGUUCUCUUCCUAACCUUGUUGCGCUCAGAGGGGAGCGUUACAGGUAUUUUGUUACUGUAACUCUCAGGGUAUGGAGUUGGUGUGGCCAUAAAAUAUUUGGGUAUUGAGCUAUCAACAACUCGAUGACAGUUCCUCGUAGACCGGUAUGAAGCGAAGUAAAAAAUCAAACAAGCUGACGCGAGAAGAAAUAUUAUUCAGACAAACAAUAUAUCCGUAUGCAUAUAUAUUAUUACAACUAUAUUCUCUACUCUAUACUGCCUACUCGGAAGCAAUACGAGUUCAGGGUCGUGAAGUAGGUGAAGAGUGAUGUCGCAGAGACACAAACAUAUAGUUCACCUCGUAUCUACACCACAUCUUCUUUCACCCUCCUCGCUCAUCUUUCACGGAGGUACCAAGAGUAAUAAAAGAUGGACCCUGAUAUUGAGAUACACCCCGAUAUCGAGAUACACAGACAAAUCCAAGACAUCGCAGGCACGGCCAUAUAGCGACACUCUUUCCAUCUCCGGUACCGAUAGAUAAGAACUAUUUGUUCCAAGAUAUAAAUGCCAGUAACAAUUAGCGUUAUGCAGGCAUAAAAUAAGGCAAAGUAACGCGAAUUAAUAAAUUAAUAAAACUGUUUGCGUAUAUACCUUCCUAACUAAGUAAUCGCUACGUGCCUCUGUUUGGAAUUUGAAUUUAGCUGAGCACAUCUUCAAACAAGACGACCAAGUCAAAUAAAAUAUAUUAAGAGAUCUAUAGAGAUCUUGGUUUAUCUGCAAUCUAGGACCUCUUAUAGAUAUACCAUCCCCAGAGACUUCCCUUAAAAUGGCCUACAACGGUCAACAGCACAACAACUCAAUUGACGAACUAGACGAUCCAUUCAACGAGCAAGAAUGGGAAUAUAAUCGCAAACCAGAACAGCCGUUUGGCGCUUCAUCCGAAUCACUUAUGAACAAACCUUAUCAGUCUGGAACCAGCACACCUAGCUACCUAGGCGGUCAGCAAUCCAGCUUCCGUGAACAGAGACCACGCGAACCCUACCCUAGCUGGACCGUUGAGAAUCAAAUUCCGAUGUCGAAAGAGGAAAUUGAAGACAUUUUCAUCGAUUUAACAAAUAAGUUCGGUUUUCAGAGGGAUUCAUGUAGGAAUCAAUAUGAUCAUCUCAUGAUCCAGUUGGAUUCAAGAUCCUCUAGAAUGAGUCCCGAGCAGGCCUUAACAACCCUCCACGCUGAUUAUAUCGGUGGUGAACACGCAAACUAUCGUAGAUGGUACUUUGCUGCCCAGCUCGACCUCGACGAUGCAAUAGGCAAAUCAAACGGCGGUGGUUUCUCCUUCACGAAGGGAAAGAAAGCAAAACUGAUGUCUGCCGGUCAAAAAUCUUUGGAGUCUGCAAAGAAUCGCUGGCGUCAGGCAAUGCACAACAUGUCGCCAUACGAUAGACUACGUCAAAUCGCAUUAUACCUCCUUUGUUGGGGUGAAGCUGGAAACGUGCGUUUCAUGCCCGAAUGCGUCUGUUUCAUCUUCAAGUGCGCUGACGAUUACUACCGUUCACCUGAAUGUCAAAGUCGUGUUGACCCGGUUCCUGAGGGUCUCUACCUCCGUGCCGUCAUCAAACCACUCUACAGAUACUACCGUGAUCAAGGUUAUGAAAUUGUAGAUGGUAAAUUCGUAAAGCGUGAGCAGGAUCAUGAAGAUAUCAUUGGUUACGACGAUAUCAACCAACUCUUCUGGUACCCAGAGGGUAUCAACAGGAUCGUCUUAACCGACAAAACUCGUCUUGUGGACGUUCCACCUGCUCAACGUUUCUUAAAAUUCGACAAGAUUGAUUGGUACUCCGUAUUUUUCAAGACAUUCAAAGAGAGUAGAUCUUUCUUCCAUUUACUUGUCAACUUCAAUCGUAUUUGGAUAGCGCACAUUGCUGUUUACUGGUAUUACACCGCAUGGAACGCUCCAAAUGUUUACCGACGUUAUGGUGAUCCUGCGCCAACACAACCCAUGCAAUGGUCUGCUACCGCACUCGGUGGUGCAGUUGCAACCGUUAUUAUGCUUGGUGCUACCCUUGCUGAACUCAUUUUCAUUCCUACAACCUGGCACAACGCAUCAAACCUCACCCGCAAACUAAUUUUCCUCAUAAUUUGUUUAGCUGGUUGCGUCGGUCCUACUAUCUACGUAGCCGGUUUCGAUAGAGAUAGUAGAACAGCAUUGAUUUUAUCCAUCUGUCAAUUCGCAUUCUCGGUUUUAGUUACUGUCUUCCUCGGUAUUGUCCCAUCUGGUCGUAUCCUCGGUGAUAGAGUUUCUGGUAAAAAUAGAAAGUAUGCUGCUAGUCAGACAUUCACUGCUUCUUAUCCAUCUCUCACUCCAAGUGGUCGCGCCGCAUCUCUUGCACUUUGGAUCUUGGUCUUCGGAUGUAAAUUCACUGAAUCUUACUUCUUCUUGACCCUUUCAUUCAAGGAUCCACUCGCCGUCAUGGUUGGUAUGAAGAUUCAGAACUGUAAUGAUAAGCUCUUCAGCAAUGCUUUGUGUACAAAUCACGCAGCAUUCACCUUGGCUAUCAUGUUUGUUAUGGACUUAUGUCUUUUCUUCUUGGAUACUUACCUUUGGUACGUCAUUUGGUCAUCUGUCUUUUCGAUUGCUCGUUCAUUCGCACUCGGAUUAUCUAUUUGGACACCAUGGAAAGACAUCUUCCAACGUCUUCCAAAGCGUAUCUACGCCAAGUUGCUCGCUACCGCUGACAUGGAGGUUAAGUACAAACCAAAGGUCUUGGUUUCUCAAGUCUGGAACGCCAUCAUUAUUUCUAUGUACCGUGAACACUUACUCUCCAUUGAUCACGUUCAGAAACUCCUCUACCACCAAGUUCCUUCUGAGCAUGAUGGUAAACGUACACUCAGGGCUCCAGCAUUCUUCAUUAGUCAAGAAGAUCGUGGAUUGAAAGCCGAGUUCUUCCCAGCUGGUUCAGAAGCAGAACGUCGUAUUUCCUUCUUUGCACAAUCCCUCACGACAUCAAUUCCAGAACCUCUUCCAGUCGAUGCCAUGCCUACAUUCACCGUCUUGGUUCCUCACUACUCAGAAAAGAUCUUGUUAUCUUUGAGAGAAAUUAUUCGUGAAGAAGACACAAACACUAGGGUUACAUUGCUCGAAUAUCUCAAGCAAUUACAUCCUGUCGAAUGGGAUAACUUUGUCAAGGACACCAAGAUUUUGGCAGAGGAGUCAGCAGCUUACGGCGGUCCAGGAAGUUACCCAUUCGGUGGUUCACCAUCACAAGAUGAAAAGGACACACCAAAGAAGGCGGACGACUUACCAUUCUACUGUAUCGGUUUCAAGAGUGCAGCACCAGAAUACACACUCCGUACUCGUAUCUGGGCUUCUCUCAGAGCACAAACUCUCUACCGUACUAUCUCUGGUUUCAUGAACUACUCAAAGGCUAUCAAACUUCUUUACCGUGUCGAAAACCCAGAAGUCGUUCAGUUAUUCGGUGGUAACACUGACAGAUUGGAGCGUGAAUUGGAAUACAUGGCUAGACGUAAAUUCAAGUUCAUCAUCUCUAUGCAAAGAUACUCCAAAUUUAACAAGGAAGAACAAGAGAAUGCAGAAUUCAUUUUGCGUGCAUACCCGGAUCUUCAGAUUGCAUACAUCGAUGAAGAACCUCCAAGGAAGGAGGGUGCUGAACCACGUAUGUUCUCAGCCUUGAUUGAUGGUCACUCAGAGAUAAUGCCAAAUGGAAAACGUCGUCCUAAAUUCCGUGUUGAAUUGCCAGGUAACCCUAUCCUUGGUGAUGGUAAAUCCGACAAUCAAAAUCAUGCUCUUAUUUUCUACCGUGGUGAAUAUUUACAACUCAUUGAUGCUAACCAAGAUAACUACCUUGAAGAAUGUCUUAAGAUCCGUAACAUUCUCGGUGAAUUCGAAGAAUACGCUGUAUCAAGUCAAUCACCAUAUGCUCAAUGGGGUCACGCUGAAUUUAAGAAAUCUCCAGUCGCUAUCAUUGGUGCUCGUGAAUACAUUUUCUCUGAAAACAUCGGUAUUCUUGGUGAUAUUGCUGCAGGUAAAGAACAAACAUUCGGUACAAUGGCUGCUAGAGCGCUUUCUCAAAUUGGUGGUAAACUUCACUAUGGUCACCCAGAUUUCUUAAACGCUGUAUUCAUGACUACUCGUGGUGGUGUUGCCAAGGCACAAAAAGGUUUACACUUGAAUGAAGAUAUUUUCGGUGGUAUGACUGCAUUCUCAAGAGGUGGUCGUAUCAAACAUACUGAGUACUACCAAUGUGGUAAAGGACGUGAUCUUGGUUUCGGUACUAUUCUUAACUUCCAAACCAAGAUUGGUACUGGUAUGGGUGAACAAAUGAUUUCAAGAGAAUACUAUUACCUCGGUACACAACUUCCAAUGGACAGAUUCCUUACCUUCUACUACGGUCACGGUGGUUUCCACGUCAACAACAUUUUGGUUAUCUUCUCGGUUCAAAUCAUUACAACUACUAUGGUCUACCUUGGUACACUUAACGAGAUGCUUGAUAUCUGUAGAUACUCAUCUUCUGGUGACUACCUCGGUGGUCAACCUGGUUGUUACAAUUUGUCACCACUCUACGACUGGAUUGAGAGAACAAUCAUUUCAAUUUUCUUGGUUUUCAUGAUCGCAUUCUUGCCGCUCUUCCUUCAAGAAUUGACUGAAAGAGGUAGUUUCAAGGCCAUCAUCAGGUUGUCGAAGCACUUCUUGUCAUUGUCGCCACUGUUUGAGGUCUUCUCCACUCAAAUCUACCGUCACUCAAUUAUCACUUCUUUGACAUUCGGUGGUGCAAGAUAUAUCGCUACCGGUCGUGGUUUCGCUACAUCUAGAAUCAGUUUCCCAAUCUUGUUCUCUAGAUUCGCAGGUCCAUCUAUUUAUAUGGGUAUGAGAACGCUCAUGAUGUUGCUCUUCGUUACCUUAACCAACUGGAUUCCACACAUUAUCUACUUCUGGAUUUCAUCUGCUGCCUUAACAAUCGCACCAUUCUUAUUCAACCCACAUCAAUUCUCAAGGAGCGAUUUCAUCAUUGAUUACAGAGAAUUCUUGAGAUGGAUGAGCAGAGGUAACUCACGCUCCCAUGCCAACUCAUGGAUUGGAUACUGCAGAUUGUCAAGAACUAGAAUUACAGGUUACAAGAAGAAGCGUCUUGGACAUCCAUCUGAAAAAUUAUCUGGUGAUGUUGCAAGAGCUGGCUGGAGAACUGUCAUUUUCUCAGAGAUUCUCUGGCCAAUUUCAAUGGCAAUCAUUCUCUCAGUUGCUUACAUGUUCAUGGAAUCGUUCCCAGUUGAUGGUUAUCAACAAGGUAGUGCAUUCAUAAGAGUAUUGAUCUUUGCAUUCGGUCCAAUCGUAUGGAAUGCCGCAGUUCUUAUUGUUGGAUUCUUGACAUCUUUAUUCUUGGGUCCAAUGUUAACACACUUUAUGCCUAGAUUCCCAGCAUUCAUCGCAGCAACAGUUCACUGUUUGGCUGUCAUUGGAUUAUUAGGUUUCUUCGAAUUUAUUUGGUAUUUGGAGAGAUGGAGAGUCGCUAACAUUGUUAUUGGUAUGUUGGCAGCUAUCUCAAUCCAAAGAGCAUUCUUCAAGAUAAUCAUUUCAGGAUUCUUGACUAGAGAGUUCAAGAACGAUGAAUCUAACAGAGCUUGGUGGAGUGGUAAAUGGUGGUCUACUGGAUUAGGCUGGCAUGCAGUCUCUCAACCCCUCAGAGAGUUCUUAGUUAAGGUUGUUGAAUGUUCAUUAUUCGCUGCAGAUCUUAUCUUAUGUCAUAUCAUUCUCAUUGGUUUGAGUUUACCACUCUUAAUUCCAUUUGUUGACAAGAUUCACUCAACUGGUUUAUUCUGGCUUAGACCUUCAAAGCAAAUCAGACCACCAAUAUUCUCAUUCAAAGUUAGAGCUCAAAGACGUUCAAUCGUUCUCAGAUACUCACUCAUUUACUUGACCGUAAUUUGUGGAUUCGCAGCAUUAAUCAUCGUACCAUUGGUGAUCAAAAAUCAAGUAGAUGUCACUUGUGAUAUCUGUCAAAAUAUCUAGUUAUCUUCUUUUCUUAUUGGUCUUUGAACAAUUAUAUUAGUAACAAGUUUAACAACUAAUAAAUAGUACCCAUCAAUCUCAAUAUUUACGGCUAGUCAAAAUUAUUAUCCUUUGCAUUUUCCUGACACAUCCCUCAUCGGACAAUUUAUUUGACAACUUUAAAAAGCACUAGCUAAUUGAGUAAUUAUUUAAUUCAGAAUACUUAUUUUUUUCUCUUCUAAUACUUUUUGUCAAUCAAAUUUCUAAGCAAAAAUAUAUGAAAGUUUUCUAUGCU